CAACGAGAUCAUAAAUAGGCAUCUUCGUUCCAAAAGAUUUUUCCUCCAUUUGUAUCUAUUAUUUUUCUUAACAAUUUUAUUUAACUCUUCUUGAUAUUUUUUAAUUUUCAGGUCUAUUGCUUUUUAUUUAUAAACGUUUGUUUAUUCCAACACACUCAAUCUCUUCCCAAUUUGAAGAAUCUUCUGCGAUUGAUAGUUAGUCAUUCGUUAAGUGUUAAUUUUGCAAAAUAUUUCGAAGCAUACGUAAUACAGAAAAAUGAUAAUAUAAUAAAAAACGAUUGCAUCGGAUUAAUUUCUUAAUUGCGUGCGGGAGAAAGAGCAAUGCAUUUAUGGUAAAACAUGGAGUUGGCCGGUUUAUCGCUUGCAUCAGUUUCAUCGAGUGUAACCGGUCGUAAAGUAGUUUUCGAAGAAGGAACAAAUUGAGACCGAUAUAAGAACAAAACGUAACGUUAUCGGUUUAGUGACUUUCUAAUUAAAGAAGGUUUUCGAACUUAGGAAUUAACAAGAAAUAUUCUGAAUAAGUCCUGUUUUAUUAUCGCGCGUUAACAAUUGUUGUGGAGGUAACUAAACUCUAAGUAGUUUUUAAAAGUAAGGUAAUAAUUUCACAUUGACGUAUGGAAUAGAAAUUUUAAAUCAUUACCAUUUUUAGUUUUAUUACGGCUGAAGAGUCGUAUUCGCAAACGAUUUAUAUUAAUUAAUAGAUAAAGUAAGAGAUUCUUGUUACAAUAGCGCGGUUGCUAUUUCAAUAGCGCGCCUAAUUUGAAGUUUCUUUUUCAUAAAAACUGUAGAAUGGAAUGUUACUUUGCAACAUAUCCUUUCCUUACCACGGUAACAUUAUUUAUAUGAAUCAAAUACACGCCAAUUUAUUCCGUUGGUAAGCACUGACCGUGCAAAUCGUAAUCUUGACUACUUAUUCAGUCAUAAUCUUAAGACCAAUCGAACGAAGGCAGCUUCAUUCUCACGACUCUCCCUUUCGUUCGGUCUAUACACGUACCUACUUACGUAGGAUAUUCAGGGUUCGCUGAGCGCGAUAAUUUGCAAGAUUAAAGAAGGAGAUAUUACGAAGGUAGUGGAUCGUAAUUCAUUGAAAGAUAAACAGUUUAGAGGUGUUUCGAGAUCUUUAAAAGGUCGCUUCGAAGAGACGAAUGAAUUUCAAUUAUUUCAAAAGAUUUCUUUUUUUUUAACUUGAUACGAAGCGACGCUAAGAAUAACCAUUCGAAAUUUAGAUGCUCGAUUCAAUCCAAAGAUCGACAGAGCUUCGGAUCGUUCGUUUAUUGCAUUUUAUAAAUUUUCUUCAGUCGUUUCCAACUCGUUUUUUUUUUAUUUAAACCGUAUACUUGAAGAUCGAUAGAAAGAAGGAACGAAAGGUUGUUUCUAUAAUCGCAAGUUUUCGUUGCGUGACGUUAUAAGGAGACACGGAUGCCACUUAUCGAUACAACUAUAGUAUGCCGUAACUUAGUUUUUCUACGUGAAACUUAGGACAGGUUUUUCUUCGGUAUUAAGUAACGCGGUUCGUUUCUUCUUCUAAGUUCUCGUUUUCUACUUUUGAUCGCCCAAUGCUCAAGCUAUUUCUAGCUGCCGGUUAAAACCUACACGCUAACAUAACACACUCUAUCUAAGAUAGAUUCUUUCGUUCGUAUAUAGAGUCGAGUAAAACUCUCUCUCAUAUAAGUAUCAUUUCGAAGGUAUAUUGAAAUAAUAACUUUUAAUUUCACCGGAUGAGCCAUUGCACAAGGUCGCUCGUAUGAAUCUAAACGUGAGGGAAAGGAAAGAAAGACGUGGAGAAAGUGAAAGACGCAAGACGAAAUAUAUAUGACCGAUAAGGAUAAGAGGAAGAAUUCGAAGGACGAAAUAGGAACGGAAUGAACAAUUUUCGAAACGAAAAACGUCUACUACUUCUACUACUACUACUACUACUACUACUACUACGACGACGACGAGGGAAGAAGAUCUAUCCUUUACGUUACGCUGACGUAAUCGAUGCCUCGAACCUGAAGCGUGCGUAUUCUUAACUUUUAUAGAGUUACGAAGCAAUUGUUUUUUUGUACUUUCUCCGAGAAGAAAAAUGCUGCGUUCUUUCGUAGAUUGACUUACAAAAACUUUGGAAUUUCGUUUGUUCAUUCGUCAGUAGUAAUUUACCAAAAGAUUUUAAGAAAGACGAUAGAUCGAAUAAAAAAGAAAAAUAAAAAAGCAAAGACAUUGAGCGAACACAGGAGAAUAGAAAUUAGAAAGAAAUUCGAAUAUAAAUCUUUCGGUUCGAUGAUUUGGUCGAUUAGAAAUCACAGUCGCGCGUUAAAACUUUCGAUGCCCGUGAAAGUGGUCGCGUGGAUCUUUUUGGGUCCAGCGACCGCGCCAGCAGCCCGAGGUGAAUUCUCUCUUUUUCAUUCUCUCUUUUGUUCGAUUUAUACAAAGAGUAUAAGAAAGGAAGAAAGAUAUUCUCUUUCCUUUAACGACGAUACAGGGGAGACGUGUUUUCUCGCGACGGUACUGUUGCCCGAGUGAAAGUCCCCGAGUCAAAUAUUUUUCGCGGCUGCGUUUCGUGGACCCGUUCUGCGAUCUUCCUAUACGACUUCUUAGCGCCUACGUAUCGAUACUCGAUACCUUCGAUCUUGCGUAUUCUCUUUCGUUCUCUUUUCUCGAAAUACGUUUGGAGUUUCUCUAACGUGAGAUAACGGGGCACAGCUGUUUUAUAACACUCGUAACGACAAUUAUCAUGGAUGUAAUAACACUCGUUGGCUCGAGUGCGAUGCUGUGUCUGUAAACUCGUCUGGAACUGGUUGAAGGAUACUGGGCAUAAGAACGAUACAGCGUUCUAUAUUCUAACUAGCAUUCUAACUGGAGAGUUCGUCGAUAGGAACUUUAUUCCAUGGAAUCGUUUGAAAUUGAAUCGUAGCGAGGGAAACGUAAAGCGGCAGGAAAUUGUAAAAAUCUUGGGCGUUUGAUCAACGUUUAGAUCGAAAUCUUGAUCGUAGUUCUCGAUCGUCUCUCGUUCGGCUUUUGUAAUGUUUGUCGAUCGACAUUCCAGGGUGCACCGUGUGUAAUACGUAAACAUCGAGGAGCGGGCCCGACAGGACGGUGCCGACGUGAAAGUGGUCGGCUGGAAGUGGCGGAAUGCGGAGUGUCGGCCGCCGCACAGCGUGCACACUGAUCAACGCUACUAGCUAAUUGGACUAUGUAUCGUUCGCCUACUCCUCCGCUUUUAUUGUACUUCUGAGGACAAGUGCAGACGUCGAGAGGAAGGAAGAAAAAUGUCGCGAUGUCGGUGAUGACAGAAGAGAGAAGAAUCGUGCGUUGCAAAGACGACGGUAGGUCGUUCUAAAAGAGCAUGCCGCGGUGGUUACUCGCCCUGGACGAACCAGCAUCCAACCCAUGCGGUAGCAUUGUUAUCGGCCACGAACCAUCGGGGUUAAACUGUUGGACCGUAUCAGGGGAUGCUCGAACGCGAGAAAGUCCGUACCGGUGCCGCAAUCGCAACGGCCUUGACAGUUUCAACUGGGAACCGGAUCAGUCCAGACGGCGUCGUUUCAUCCCUGCAAUUACCGAACGAUCGGUACGCCUGUAACCCCGAUAGCAUUUAUUCCGUGCCUAGAAACGAUCUGCACGAAGUGGAAUGGGUAGAACCUGAUGCGGUGGAUGCCGAAGUAUCGAGAUUAGUAGCCGGAUCGUCGACGACGACGACGACGACGACGACGACGCGAAAUAAUCCAAGACGAUGUUGCAGAACUUCGACCAGUUCGGGCUACUCGAGCCACUCGCCGCCUUUAUCGGCAGGUUCCUAUUCCUGUUACGCGUCGGCUGUACCUGGCCAGAGUGUUUUUCGGUCAACGGCUCCGCAAACCAUGAAAGAUCAAUUCGGGGGAGGUCUCGCAGUGAUACACGAAGGCGAAGCAAUUCCACGUCCCAUAUGGCCGUCGGUCUUCACCAGUGUUCCACAAGAAUUCUAUAUCCGCGAUGACGGCAAAACCGAAUACGAUAGAAUGUACACGUGUUGCGGAUGCGGUUGUACGUAUACUUAUUCGUGCUACGAUUGGAAUUACGGCCGACCGACGGCAACGUCAGCGCGCGAGAUUCUUCUAGAAUUAUCGAGGACGUUGAACUCCGUUAUAGAAGGCGAGACGACGAUGACACCCGAAGAGAUUUUACACAAUAUCUCGAAAACCGUGGCUCAGGGGAUAAAUCUGAAGAAAAGUAGUAUUUACGAGUACGUACGUCAAAAUCCAGCAUGGUUGAAUGACGGAAAGAACACGUCGUCGAUUUUGAGCAGUAAAACUUCGUCACAGUCGACCGGAAAGGAUUCGUCGUCGCUUCAAAGUCGUACGAAAAACUCGUCUUCCUCGUCGUCGACGAGGGUAAAUCCGGUGAAUUCGAAAGUUUACGGUAGCACCCGUAGAUUUCAUAAUUCGGCUUGGUCAACGCCUAGAUGUACCUGCGAUUCGUCUAAUAGAAACGUCGAAUCGUCGACAUGCGAAAAGACUAGGCCGGGAUUGGAAAAGAAGACGUCUUCCAGUACGGAGAUUCAUUGUCAAAAACCAUUGGAUUUGUGUACCUGUAAAUGCUUUAAAGAAUCGACUCAGCAAUCUAGAAGGAAACAAAGUACUUGCACCAGUGUUCACAUCGGAGAUAGUGAGAAACAGGCGAUCGUUGAACUAGACGGUUUGAAUCAAAAUCGAAAUGGUCUUGUUUCUGGUGAACCAGAAUACACGAUGCAGUUGGAGUGCAGCGACGGUGGUUCCUCGAACGAAGGGAUGGUUGUGCCGUCGACGAAAGGUGCCUGGAAUCACCACAACACGAGAGGAUUCAUCGGUGAUUUGGAUUUCACGUUGGACGUCACGCGUGCCGAACGUUUAGGUCGAGCGAUCGCGAAAGCGAAAAGGAAUCGGCAAUGGUGCAGAGCUCUGACCACUUUAUUUGGACUAGUCUUCUUUGUUUUAAGCGUUGUCGUCGUUUCGUUGUCGGUGACCAGAGGCCGAAAAGUUUUCGGUAGCAUGUGAAAAAGCUCUUUUUUAAGGAACGAAAGCGUCUUGCGACUGAUACUCUUUGCUAAGUACGUAUUUCUCAGUACCUUAUACCAAUUAAGUAAAAAUCCGCAGGGUUCAGAAAGGGUCCUGCAAGCAAUAUAUGGCUGUGACCAUGUCCUUGUAUAUCUUAUGUUUUAAAUGAUGUGUGUACUCCGAAAGCAAUCGCAUUAAAUAAAGAGGAGACGAUAAGGUAUAAUUCUA